AUGGUUGGCUCUGUCGGUACAAACCCACACGAUCUAUCGGAAUUCCGUGCCAAUCUAGGUCUGGCCGAUCCAGCCCCAAAUUCAUUGCUGGACAUACACUUGAAUACCGAUCUGGCCUCGCUCGAUCCACACCCGACCUUCCUAAAUCAGUGGUCCUCCGCCUCCCAGGACUUUUACUACUCAGGCUACCCCGCCUCUAGACUGUCCGCACACCAGGAUGCCUGGACGCCAUUGCUAGCAGCUGGCGUUCCAUCUUCUUCGGCCGUCCACAUGCACAGGCCGGAUGCUGACUGUGCUUUUCCAAAACCCCACUAUAGAACCCCGUCCGAGGCGGGGAGUCAAUAUAUGGGUAGCUUGCACUCUGGAGAUUCAGGCUAUGCCAGUAACAAUGGGGCCGCCUGUUCGGUCGUAGGCCCUACAUAUAUGGAUUCCUUGUCGAGUCCACAGCUUAGUGCCGAGGACCAGGCCUUUGCGGAGCCCAUGUCAUUCUUUGAUCAGUCUCGUAUGUCUCAAGGAUCUGCUUUUGCACAGGACUUUGGCGACUCUCUGUUGGACGCUUCGGUCAAGUGUGAUCAUCCCGCUUGUUCUUGGGUUGGAAAGUGUCCUUCGGAUAAGAGAAAACACGAGGCCCGUCAUCGGAAGUCGUUCAAAUGUGAUGAGCCCAAUUGCCCUCGAAAGGAGGGGUUUGGAACCAUUAAUGACCUUGCUCGUCAUAAAAAAUGUGUUCACCAAAAGGAACCGGAACGAGGACCGAAGAUGGUCUAUCUUUGUCAUGGGAAGAAUUGUCCUCGUCCCAACAAGAAAUGGCCCCGCUUGGACAACUUCAAGCAGCACCUGAGCCGGAUGCAUGCUGGGGAGGAUGGGGACAGUCUGCUGCGAAAAUCUAUGGAGUGGCAUGAGAGCACUACUGGUCGUCGACCAGAGUACAAGCUCGAGGAUACUGGCUCAGUAGAACCAAUGAUGGAUAUUCAAGACCACAUGUCCACAAUCUCCGGAGAUGUGGACAUGGAUUCGGACGAGUCCAUCCACCACGUUCAAGAUAAUGUCGGCUAUCUCUCAUCACGCUCAGAAACUCCCAGAGCAGCCUCCACCAACCCACCAUCUGAAAUCUGUCUUUCGGAUUCCCAGUCUCAAUUUCAAAACCUGGGAUCUAUGAGCCUCAAUACAUCCCCUACACAAGAAAGAAUCGACCCCAGCAUGGGUCACGCACUCACCAGCUCCGAGCCAUUCGUUACAGACGCUGCCGAUAAUCUGAUUAACGCCAUGACCAAAAUGAUGAACCACCGCAUCCCAAAGAAUCAAAAUAAUGACGAAGGAAUUGAGGUGGAAACGGAUUCUGCCCUCUCCCAACCCCAGCGCCAGAUGCUACAAAAGGUGCUCUCAGUAGCCCUAGAAAGGCUUUCAGACGACGCUCCAGCAGCACAAGACGCCACAGACGAUAAACAAGACUGGUUUCAGUGCGAUACCUGCUCAAAGCGGACCAGACUGCGCUGCGAGAUGAAGAAACAUCAGAAACGUCACGAACGACCAUAUGGUUGCACAUUCCCCCAGUGCGCCAAAACCUUUGGCAGCAAGGCCGACUGGAAACGCCACGAGACCUCACAACAUCUCCACCUCCCGAGCUGGCUCUGUGCCUUCCAUGAUCUAGCCAAGGGUGAAUCAUGUGGACGCAUCUUCUACCGCGAAGAAACAUAUACCCAACACCUGAUCCAACAACACCGGAUCCCCAAGCCUCGUUUAAAGUCAUCCCUCUCCUCAACACGCCUUGAUCUGGCCGACCAAUCCCACUUCUGGUGCGGACUUUGCACCCGCGCUAUCCCGCUGCAGAGCAACGGGGCCGCAGCUUUGGAUGAACGCUUCAAUCACAUUGAUACCGAGCAUUUCAAAAAGGGCGAGCGGGGCCACGAUUGGUCCUUUCUCGAGCUGAGGGAACCUGCUGUCCUGCCUGGUGCCGGACCUCAUGCUACGAGUGCGAGCCCAGAGUCACUCAAUCAACGCAAGCGCAAGUACACUGGUGUACAUUCGCGUUCGGAUAGAUCAGAUUGA